AUGAAGCUAAAGCUUAUGACUAGAAACAUUGAGAAACUCAAAGAUACUUUGGCACUCAUAUCCCAUCUUCGGAAGUUUAUCAUACUUAAAAUCACGUCAAAAGAACUCAGUGUUAUACUGGUAAACACUGGAUCUGCCAACCUGGAGCCACAAGUAUGGUGUAAGUUCACCACCUCGAGUCUAUUCGAAAGCAUGGAGAUUCAGAGUAUGAGAGACAACACCAUUCUGAUGGAGAUAAAUAUAGAUCUACUACUACAAACUUUGAGAAACUUUGACAAAGCCAAUAGUGAGGGGUUAAAUAUAAGGCUACAGCGAACUGAUGCAAGUGGGGAGCAGGGAACAAGCACAAAAAACGGACGAACAGCGUCGUUGGCCUUGUUCUAUUCCAAUAUCAACGUCAACUCCAAUGUUAUUAACCACACUUUCAGAAUACCUGUAAAGAUAUUAAAGGAAGCUCAGGAUUUUUUUCAGGAACCAUCCCACUCCGAUGUUGGGUUGAUAGUGAGACUACCCAAUGAGUUUAUCGCCAUAUUCAAGCGUUUAGAGAAAUUCAAGAAAACAACGUUCAACGAUAUUGUGGCAAUACAAGCAAACAACAGAGAUACAGGAAGCUUGCGGUUCGUCUUGGAGGAAGAUGGCAAGUUUAAAGUGACAGUGGGUUGGAAUACGAAGCUUGAGUUCCAUAAGCCCAUAUCAAAUGAUGCGGAAACCAUACGAGAGUCAUUGAGAAACGUUGAUACAAUGAUGCUGGAUCACUCAGAACUCGAGGGGACCCCGGAAGUGGUAAACAUCAGUGUUAAAUUAAAGGAUUGGCAACUGGCGUCCAAAAUUGUAGGACGUUGCAAAACCGUGAUUCUAUGUAUAGGUCAUAGAAAUUGUAGUCUCCAUUGUUUGCUAGAUGAAACCGAAGAUGUGGAACUAGUAUACUUUAUAAACGGUGUGAGAAAUUUGUAA